GUUAUGAGGUGUAUAAAGCCUGUGCACUUGUCCAUAGAAGUCUGGGGUAAUUGUCGUUCAAUCGCGGAAAAAUAUCUUGCCACAUAACCCAUACCCAUAACCAUAACCUCUCGUCGCUGUCAUUGUCGCUCGGCAUUAUUCGGCUGAUCGCUUCCAAUUAUAUAUUCCAACAUCCAGCAAGACAUUAUGGACACCACCAAAGCCACUACUAUGAAAGUGGUGCACAAUUCACGCGCCGGAGUGCCGUCGGUUCCCGGCAAAACAAUGGGUGUAUUCACUGGCGAUGUCUGGCUGGAUCAGGUGAUCAGACAGGACAACAUGUCUGUAGUAAAUGUCAACUUUACGCCAUGUUCGAGGACUAAUUGGCACCGCCACGAGGGGGGCCAACUGCUGCGGGUUACGGCCGGAUCAGGAUGGAUUUGCGAGAAGGGAGAUCAACCUCAACGGAUCGCUGUAGGGGAUGUUAUCUGGUGUCCUCCUGGGUCUCAUCACUGGCAUGGUGCUGACGACGGAAGCUAUAUGGUUCAUGAGGCUGUUACACUAGGGAAGAUCGAUUGGUAUGAACAAGUGACUGAUGAAGAGUAUGCCGCAAAGAAAUAGGGAUAUUGAUACGUGGACACGGGAAAUAAUGUACAUAGGGAUUGAUUAAAU